AUGGGCAGCGUUUUGGAAAAAAACUCGUCUCUGGUGCGCAAGAGGAUAGAAAACCACAAGUUCCAAAAUGAAGACGGCGACGAAUACGAGGGCAGCGAGUUUGGCGGGUUUGGCGAUUAUUUCCGCCGCAAGAAAACCAAGCUGCAGAACCUCGACGCCGACCUGCGCGCCGCCUCUGACAAGCCUCAGAUCUUCAAGGGGAUAGUUGCUCACGUCACCGGCUAUACUCAGCCGCCCCUGCAUGUCCUUCAUCGCCAGAUCGUCGAGCACGGCGGUGGCUUUCUUCAGUACUUGGACUCAAAGACGAUGGCUACCCAUAUUGUUGCCUCCACUUUGCCUCCCAAGAAAAGCGUUGAUUUUGCCCGAUACCGCAUCGUCAAGCCCGCAUGGAUCGUCGACUCGGUGGCCGCUGGCAAAUUGAUGCCCUGGGUCAACUAUCGCGUGCUAGACGAGGGACCCAGACAAAAAGUCCUCAAGUUUGACGGAGAGCAAGACAUGACCCAGGUCAGUCCGGAAACUAGGCGGGGCUACAAGGAACAGACCGACAAUAGCUUCUACACGUCACAGUUGAAGUCGUCCACAGCCCUCCCCAGUCAGUCUUUGAGCCAAUUCGCCGAGAAGAUACAAUCGUCAAAGCCCCCAGGCUCUCUUGCUGCCAGCAAACAAGAGGCGACUGUCGAGAAACGCCCGUCUUUGAUGGUGUCUCCCGAAUCCGACCCCGCCAGCGGCGUAGAAAGCCCAGGCAUGGUGACAGCCACCGGCCAUGACAUCUCGGCGGAUCAUCAUGUCAUGGGGCCGGCAGAACAACCUCAUGGAGUAGUCCAUGCUGUGAGUCCCUCUCCGGCGGCGCAACCACGCCAAGGAAUGACGUCGGAGGAACACAACGCCUGGUUGUUGUCGGACCCCCGUUUACGCAAGUCGUCAACGGCAAAUCCCGAGUUUCUCAAGCAGUUCUACUCAGAAAGCCGGUUGCAUCAUCUCUCCACGUGGAAAGCGGACCUGAAGUCGGCAAUGCAGCGACUGGCUGCCGAGAAAGGACUGGCACAGAAAAAGUCUAAAAAGAAGCCAGGCGCGCGGUGCUACAUUAUGCAUGUCGACUUUGACAGCUUCUUUUGCGCUGUAUCGCUGAGGCAACACUCCGAAGACGCCGACAAACCCACCGUCGUGGCACACAGCAGUGGUCCAGGGUCUGAGAUUGCAAGCUGCAACUACCCGGCUCGCAAGUUCGGGGUCACGAAUGGGAUGUGGAUGAAACGGGCCAUCGAGCUCUGUCCUGAUCUGAAAGUCUUGCCAUACGACUUUCCCGCAUACGAAGAAGCAAGCCGAUUGUUUUAUGAGUCAGUCAUGUCUAUCGGAGGAGUUGUGCAGAGUGUCAGUGUUGAUGAGGCUUUGAUAGACGCCACUGCUGUUGUGUACUCUGCAUCCAACUCCCAGGGCAUUGGCAUUGAUGAGGGGAAUGUCUGGCGGGAACAGGAGAAGGCAGAUGAAAUUGCCAUGGGUCUUCGAGAAAGCAUCAAAGCGAAAACCGGAUGCGAUGUUUCUGUUGGCAUUGGCGGCAAUAUUUUGCAGGCCAGAGUGGCCCUGCGAAAAGCCAAGCCAGCCGGACAAUUCCAGCUGAAGCCAGAACGUGUCCUGGAUAUCGUGGGCGAGUUGACAGUCGAGCAACUGCCCGGCGUUUCUCACAGUAUAGGUGGAAAGCUUGAGGAACUGGGCAUCAAAUUCGUCAAGGACAUUCGAAACGUGUCCAAGGAGCGUCUUGCCGGUUCCCUGGGACCCAAGACGAGCGAGAAACUCUCAGACUAUGCCCGAGGCAUUGACCGAACCGAGGUCGGCGAGCAGCCACCACGGAAGUCGGUGUCCGCAGAGGUCAACUGGGGGAUUCGGUUCAUCAGCCAGCAAGAGGCAGAGGAGUUUGUGUUCAACUUGUGCAGGGAGUUGGAGAAGCGUCUUGUGAAUGAGCAGGUCAGGGGCACGCAUCUCACAAUGAAGAUUAUGCGAAGAUGCCUGGACGCACCGUUGGACCCUGCCAAACAUUUGGGCCAUGGCAGAUGCGACACAUUCAACAAGAGUGCGACCUUUGGUGUUGCGACGCACAACUACGAAACCAUUGGCAAAGAGGCCGUCUCUAUUCUGAGGUCUUUCAAGUUCAGUCCCGGCGAUUUGCGCGGGCUCGGCGUUCAAAUGACCAGACUGGAGCCGAUAAAGGCACAACAAGCACGGCCCACGGAGAGCAGUCAACGGACACUGAGCUUCGGUCCGUUUGUCGGUGCCUCGUCCGCCAAAAAGCCAUCACGUACUGAAUCCAUUGACGAUAUCGAGAGCCCGCAAAAGCCGAAGCGGUCUCCUGGCCAUGGCAUGGACGCAGAUCCCAUUGCGGACGAUCCGCUGACGCCUCGCAAGCAAAAGGUACACCCUGCCAUGGCGCUGUCGAGAGCCGCCCAGGAAGAUGCCAAAGCCAACACUCCGCUGAACGUGUCCGGUACUCAAUUCAUCCUCCCCAGCAACCCGGAUCCCGCCGUCAUUUCUGAGUUGCCAAACGACAUCAGAAGUAGGUUAAUGGGACAGCGGCCUCGACAGAGCCCCUCUCCAGCAGUACGAAGAUGCGAAAGCCCCAGCUGCAGGGAGGCGGUGCUCCCUUCACAAAUUGACGCGGACGUCUUCAACGCACUGCCUGAUGACAUGAAAGCCGAGGUUCUUGCCACAUACGGACGAAGACCUGCCCAGCCCCAAUCUCCGCGGAGACAACACCACGUCGCCCAGCAGCCAAGGAAGCAGACGACGCCGACCAAACGAGGUGGCAUCCGGGGCAUAUUUGGCAAGGCCCAGCGUCAACGAGAUGCGCAGACCGGGGUGGUCCAGACCAACUUCAAAACGCUCAGGCCGGGAUCUGAGAGCCCCAUUGUCCCGGAGAUGGAGGAGCUUGACGCCGAGUUCCUCGCUGAGCUGCCGGAGGACGUGCGCAGGGAAGUAGUUGCCGACCACCGCCGUCGAAGAAUGGCUCUCCGAUCAGGGCUUGACGCUCCGCCGCGGAGACACCAUACCCCAGAUACGGAUACCGUCCCGCCUGGCGGCCAGAGGAAGAUUACCUUUCCCGCCCCUCCGAGAAAAGUAGCGUUUGCCUCCUCGGGGGUCACCUCAACGAGGGAGGUCAAGAACAUGCUCGAUGCCUGGCACGCCGAGACACGGCGAGAUGGGCCACACAGUGCUGAUGUAGAGGUCUUUGGGAAGUACGUGCAAAAGGUAGUCGAGGAGGAGCGAGACCUUGAAAAAGUCGUCGUGCUCACCAGGUGGCUGCAAGUCCUCGUGGAGCAGGACGCACGUCCGGGGAGGGGACAGGAUUCGUGGCGAGAAGCUGUGAAACAGGUGAAGAGGUCCGUACAAGGUGCAGUGGAGGGCCGCGGGCUCGCACCGUUGGAAUUGGAUAUUUAA